GGUUGUUUCGGCGGCGCGCUGAUUGUCCGGUUAUCGCCGGCCCCGCUUGGCACACACCGGGAGCUUUAAUCAAAAUCAAUUCUAUUCAUUUAGCUUCCUGACCGGGCCCGGCAGCCGGACGGACGGACUGGGAGCUAUUUCGUUGAAAGGCCUGCCAAUCAUUACCGUUAUCACCGGCGAAGGAGAAGGUUUGGCGCACCGCAGUCAAGGUUACACCGUGGUUGCAAUUCGAUUCCGAGGCAAAGAACGAUGUUCGGGUUGUGCGUGGCCCUCGCCGUACUGGCCGUCUGCCUGUACUUCAAAUGGAGCAUGAGCUACUGGCAGCGUGUGGGCAAAGUGGCCGGCCCGAAGCCGCUCCCGAUAUUCGGUAACCAGCUGGAGCAGCUUACCGGCAAGAAGCACUUCGGUGAGAUAUUCGAAGAGAUGUACCGCUCGUUCCCGCAGGCCACCUGGGUCGGGUUUUACAAAUUUGCCAACAGACCCGCCAUCGUCGUGCGCGAUCUCGAUCUGGUGCGCGAUGUUGUUACGAGCCAGUUUUCGUCGUUCAACAAAAAUGAUUUCCACGCCGACGAAUCCCUCGACCCGCUGCUCGCCUUCAAUCCGUUCACUGCGUCUGGCGACGUGUGGAAAGAACGUCGAGCGCAGAUGACCACCGUUUUCACGCCCAAUCGCAUCCGGGCCACCUUUCCGCUGGUGCAGCAGAUUGCCGACGAUUUGUUGAAGUACAUCGCGCGCCAAAAAGAUCCACACUUUGAGGCAAAGGAUCUUUGUUCCAAAUACACGAUCGGAGUCGUAGCCAGCGUUGCUUUCGGUAUCGAUGCCGAAUCGUUCACGAACCCGAACGCCGAGUUUCCUCGCAUGGGAAACGCCCUGUUUGAGCCGUCGUUCAUGACCGCGCUCCGGUUGCAGUUGACCAUGUUCGCACCGGGUCUGGCGAAACUUUUGCGUGUACCAUUCGUACCGGCCUACGUCGAUCAGUGGUUCCGCCAGAUGGUGCGAGAAACGGUCCGCCAACGGAAGGUGGAAAAGCGGCAGGAUAUGUUUCAGGCUAUGUGCGACAAUUUGUCCGACAACGGUAAACGCGAGAUCGACGAAAAUAUUGCAGCCGGCCACUCGGUAACGUUUCUGUCAGAAGGAUUCGAAACGUCCAGCACCUUGAUGUGCUACCUUCUGUACGAGUUGGCCGCCAAUCCGCCCAUACAGGAUCGCGUUGUGCAAGAGAUACGAUCGGUGCUGCAGGAAACGGGCGGACAGCUGACCGAAGCUGGAUUGCAAAAGUUGACUUACAUGGAGGCGGCCAUGAUGGAAACGCUCCGUAUGCACAGCCCGGUGUUUACUUUGCCACGUGUUUGCACGAAGGAUUUCGUACUUCCGCCACAGUUUCCGGGUGACACCAAACAGGUUGUGCUCCGUCGCGGUACAUCGGUCGUGGUGCCUGUGUACGCCAUUCACCACGAUCCCGAGAUUUACCCGCAACCGUCCGUGUUUGAUCCGGAACGAUUUACGGAGGAAAACCGUAAAGCUCGCCAUCGGCAUGCGUUCCUCGCGUUCGGGGAAGGGCCCCGCCUGUGUUUGGGAAUGAAGUUUGGACUGCAUCAAAGCAAAAUCGGAAUUGCAGCAAUGUUGAACCGGUACACUGUAACUAUUUCGCCGAAGCAAGAACUUCCUUUGGAGUUUGCCAGAAGUGCAUUUUUGAUGACUCCGAAAUCGGGUGUAUGGUUAAACUUUAAGGAACGACCGUAAUCUGCGGUCGGUAAACGUGGACAAAAUAAAG